AUGGCAUCAUCCAUUCGCCUGAAAGGUCGUCAAGUUCUCAAAAGUAUCAGUUCGAGUUUGGACCUUAGAAAAUUCCCCAAAAAGCGUGAGAAGGACGCAUCUGCCGCCACUGUGAUCAAAGAUGUUGCGCGCAGCACAACUCGUGAGAGUCUAAGAGUCAUAUUGACGUCCAUUUUGAUGAAAGGCGACGAAGAUUUAUACUUGGAGAACGACGCUGCAAGCUCCUUAUACAUCAAUUUACUUGACCUGCCACUGGAGGAAAAUGAUCAUCCCGCAAACAAUGAUUCUUCCUGCUUUUUCAGUCCUAUGCCAUCUGAUCGGUUAAAAUCCUUUCCCUUCGAUAAAAGCGAUCCAGCUACAGAGCGCUUCCUAGAUGGGUUUGAUUCCUGGGACGAGAGCAGGGAGACACUGACUGGAUUUCGGGCACAAAGAAAUCCUGAAAGCCUUAUAUCUGAACUCAACUGGCUAUUCAGCCAGUGUCGGCGAAUCUCUCCCAAAGGUGAUAAGACAUAUCUCCAUCAAGAAGCGAAUUGGAAGCAUAUGGCACUUUCUCCGGAAAUAUUCCACGAUGACCUUUUCGGUAUGGUUGAUCGUGCCGGCCAGCUUCAUAGCAAGGGUAAAUUCGGACGUUUAUUCGAUAUCACAGACGGAUAUUGCGCAGCGCGUUGGGAUAUUCGUAUCAGUGAGCCACAUAUCAUUGUUAUGAUUGAGCACGAAUACGUCGCCGAUGAAAAGAUCUCACGAGCAGAAGUUUCGACGAUCCUUGCUGCUAUGAUCACACAAUUGGGACAUGGACAUCUCGAAGAGCAUUGCAUUCCUCCCGUAAUGCUCGUCUCGUUUAUGGGCUCUCUCAAAGGAAGGAUCUUGCAGGCUCACGUCACAGACAGCGGACUUGUUAUCAAAAAGUCUAAGCUGUACGAUUUUGAUAAACAAGUGGACUUUGAACGAUCUAUCACUUUGUUCACACGACAUAUGGCAUCUGAUAGAAUUGGGGACACUCGCCAAUUGACGAUGUUUGAUCUGGAAAACAAGACAGUGCCUAUACUGCACUCUGCCGCCACUGACAAGUCUAUACGCGCUGUCGCAGACUCGGAAAACAAUAUUCACGAGUCUAUUGAGCCGUAUGACCGGGGCCUCUGGGAAUUAAUGCAAAGUGUCUACUUGUAA